AUGGAUUUUCUCUCAAACACACUCUACGUAGUCGCAGCCACAUCUCUUGUUGUUCUUGUCCUCUAUGUCUACAAUCAACAGCAACAUGGGAAGAAGCAACAUCCGAUUGCUGGGACAUUGUUCAAUCAGCUUCUUAACUUCCACAGGUUGCAUGAUUACAUGACCGAUCUUGCUACAAAGUACAAAACUUACCGUCUGAUCACUCCUUUCCGCAAUGAGGUUUAUACGUCCGAUCCAGCUAAUGUUGAGUACAUCCUCAAGACCAAUUUUGAAAAUUAUAUCAAGGGAACGUAUCACCACGACAUCCUGAAAGAUCUUAUGGGUGAUGGAAUAUUCACAGUUGAUGGGGAUAAGUGGCGAGAACAAAGGAAGAUCUCAAGUUAUGAGUUUUCAACAAAAGUCUUGAGAGAUUUUAGUAGUGUAAUAUUCAGAAAAAAUGCAGUAAAACUCGCCCAUAUACUCUCUGAAUCUGCUGAUAACAAUCAAAGUCGCGAUAUAAAUGACUUGUUCAUGAAAACAACAUUGGAUUCAAUACUCAAGAUUGCUUUCGGAACUGAUCUUGACAGCAUGUGUGGGUCAAGUGAAGAAGUUGUUAGAUUUAGUAAUGCUUUUGAUGGUGCAAGUGCAUUAACACUCAGACGGUAUGUUGACAUAACAUGGAAAAUCAAGAGACUUUUUAAUAUAGGAUCGGAAGCAAAGUUGAAGCAAAAUGUCAAAGUGGUUGAUGAGUUUGUUUAUAAGUUGAUCCAGACAAAGACUCAACAAAUGCACAACAGACAACAUUAUUUUUUGUUGAAGAAAGAAGACAUUCUAUCAAGAUUUCUGCAAGUUAACAACACAGAUUCAAAAUACUUGCGAGAUAUAAUACUAAACUUCAUAAUAGCCGGAAAAGACUCUACAUCUACAGCUAUGACAUGGUUCAUUUACAUGCUUUGCAAGCAUCCCGAUAUUCAAAAUAAUGUUGCCGUGGAAAUAAGAAAAGCAACAAACAUGAGAAAUGAUGCCAUGAAUGUUGAAGAGUUUGCAAACAAUGUUAGUGAAGAAGCCCUUGAAAAGAUGCAAUAUCUUCAUGCAACUUUGACGGAAACUCUCAGACUUUUUCCUGUAGUUCCAGUGGAUGCAAAGAUGUGCUUUGCAGAUGAUGUUCUACCUGAUGGGUAUGGUGUGAAGAAAGGGGAUAUGGUAGCAUACCAGCCAUAUGCAAUGGGAAGAAUGAAGUUCAUAUGGGGUGAUGAUGCACAUGAAUUUAAACCAGAAAGAUGGCUUGAUCAGUAUGGUCACUUCCAGCCAAAUAGCCCCUUCAAAUUUACAGCUUUUCAGGCAGGACAAAGAAUUUGUUUGGGUCGAGAAUUCGCAUAUAGGCAGAUGAAGAUAUUUUCUUCCAUUUUGUUAGGUUGCUUCAUGUUCAAGCUAAGUGAUGAAAGCAAAACUGCAAAGUACAAAACGAUGCUUAAUCUUCACAUUGAUGGCGGACUAGAUAUACAUGUUUUUAAUAGAUUCAGGUAAUAUUACAAUCACCGUUCAAGUUAUUGAUACGAAUUAAGUACAUUUUAUGUUCAAGAAAGCAUAACACAUACUUUAGCAGAAGUAUUCACAUUGAUUGAAGUUA